AUGGCCUCGCAAAGCAAGGUCGGGACGUGUGUCAACUGUCGUCAGAUGAAGGUACGCAUCCUACCGUAUAUUGCUCUCGAAGAACGUGCAGAGGAUAUAGAGAAGGAGCUGAGGGAAAUCAAGUCAAAUGCCACUCACGCUUCGCCUACACCAACGGCAAACUUGAGAACUUAUCAACAGGGGUCUGGCCACUCCCCAGCAGAGCCCUUGCCCAUUAUCAGCACACCGCAAUCCUUUGCAAAUAACAUUUACGCCGUGCCUGAAUACGGCUCCUGUUUUAUAGAUUCAGCAUUUGAGACGCGGAGAAUAGGAGAACUGGAAUUAUCACCAGUCGCGAUUGCAGAUAUUCUUAAUUGCUAUUUCACAUCAUACCAUCAUCUCUUCCCCAUACUAUCAGAGCCUUCCAUAUUUUAUCUCAACUACCCACGUUGCAGCCAGCUGCUUUUCUGGGUCUUGAUUGCCAUUGCAUCUAAAAGCAUCCCUAAAUACAGCCAGCUUCACCUGCAGCUCGAACCCCAUGUUAGAACCCUUGCCACCAGCACUGAGGAAGUAGUAGACCAUCCCCUCGGAACUGUUCAGGCGCUUCUGCUGCUCUGUUGGUGGCCUUUUCCAUUCAAGGCUCUCCGCGAAGACCCUUCUUGGAUGUACGCAGGCUCAGCUACCCAUAUCGCGUUAAGGUCCGGACUGCACCGCCCAUGUCACUUCUCCGACUUUGUGUAUGGCGAUCGACUUGAUGCGAUGGGAGUUCUAGCCUUCACUAAAGCCUGGAUCGGCUGCUUUAUUGUUAACCAAAUAAUUUCGAGCGAGCUGGGACUUCCGUGUACCGUACCUCUUGACUCGACCAUACUAUCGGUAGUUCGCGGCACGUCAGAAGUUGCCUUACCCACCGUUCUCGUACAACAAUUGAAAAUAGCAUAUCAGAGCUACAACAUCUGUAACAUUCUCGGGAACAAUGAUCUAUCGUCCUCAGGGCUGCUAGCUGGGAGCACUGAUAUGAUGAGAAUAUUUGAGAGAGGAAUCCAGGAAGUUGAAACGCAAAUAGGAGAUAAGAUGUCAACAUACACGGAAAUGGCCCUACUCAAAGUGAAGCUGCAACUAUAUUCCUUCGCCUUCACGGCAGAUACCCAAAACAUUCGUAUCGACAGUCGAGCAUCCAAAUUUCUCUCUAAAGCAGGCCGCGACGCGACGCAAGUCAUUGCGACGGCUGCCCAGCAUGCCCCUUCUCACAGGCCCCUUCAGCCAUGGCCGGCGACGGCAAGAUCGUCCAUUGUGUACGCGGUGCACGUUCUCCUACGUCUCUUGGCGUUUCCGGAGCACCUUGAUCAGGACACGGCCAAGAACUACAUAGGGCAGGCAUGGGUGCUGCUACACUCACGCUCCGAGUUGGAAAAUGACAGCUGGGCGCGACUUUGCGACAUCAUAACCUAUCUGAGUAGUGCAGACUCAACAAAGGAUCCGCCAAUGGUCGCACCUGUGCAGGCGCGUAUGUCAGCCAACAUUGUCGUGCAGUCUAUCUGGCAGGCUCGAGGCCGGUUCAGUGAGGAUGUGCUGAGACAAAGACCUAGAGAUUACACAGCUGCUGAGGCCAGAAGAGAUCUCACACAGUUUGGGCUAGAUCUCUUGUCAGGAACUCUCUUCUUGGACAGCACGCCGUUUGAUGACAUUUCAAACUCAAUUUUGAACCUGGAUAAAGGGUGA